AUGCAGGAGGACGGCACGUUCCUCGUUGACGUCCCGCUCCCGUGGGGCGAGCGCCAGGCGUACAAGUACGUCCUCGACGGCGAGUGGAUGGUCCGCGAGGACGAGGACAAGGAGUGGGACCCCUCUGGAAACGUGAACAACGCCCCGCCCAAGCCGACGGGCACGGCCGCCGCCAGCGAGGCGCCCAAGGGAACAGCGCAGCCCAUGACCGAUGACCGAUCGACGGACGCUGCUGCGGUGCCAACAGACACCACUGCCGCCCCCGUCUCGACUGGAGCAACUGCCCAGCCUGCCGUCUCCCAGACGCAGUCCACGGGACUUUCGACGGGCGACAAGGCCGCGAUCGGUGCCGGAGCCGCUCUCGCCGGAGGAGCCGGCGCUGCUGCCGCGGCUAACUCGACGACAAGCGAGGCCAAGAAGAAGAAGAACAAGAAGAAGAACGAGAAGAAGAAGGCCAAGAAGAAGGCGGAGCGCGCCGCCGCCCAGGCUGCCGGCGGAGCUGCUCCGGUCGACGGUGACGACGACGAUGAGGAUGACGACGACGAGGGCUCUGCCUUUACCGGCACCACGACGCCGGCGACCACCUCUGCCUUCGCGACCCCGGCCCUGGACACCUCAAAUCAGCUCGGACACGAUGUGCCUGUGACUACCCAGUCGACUACCCAGGGCGUCGACCCUUCGGCUCGUACCCUUGACUCGGAGCUUCAGCCUGUCAAGGAGACUGAGUCGACCGCCCCCGUCGCCCUGAUCAAGGACGAGACCCCUCCCGUCGCGCUGAUCGAGGACGAGCCCAAGCCUGUCGCGCUCAUCACCGACGAGACCCCUGCUCCCGCUGGUCUCAUUACCGACGAGCAGCCUGCUCCCGCCGGUCUCAUCACUGACGAGACCGCUCCUGCCGCGACGUCCGCGCCCCCCACCGACUCGUCUGCGACUGCCGCGCCGAUCACCGACUCUGCCGUCCCCACCGAGGCCGUUAAGCCGCCCACCACCGCGCAGGUCGACCAGCCGGAUCAGGUCCUCGUCGCCGAGUACGACUCCAGGGACCCCUCGCGCAACUUUGACACUGGCUUCUCGGGAGCUGCUAUCGGCACUGCCGCUGCUGGCGCCGCCGCCGUUGGGGCCGGUACCGCCUACGCUGCCAACAAGUCCUCGCAGUCCGACGAGCAGGCCCGCGCCCAGGCUGCCGCCAGCAACCCCUCCGUCGCGGCGUUCCGCGAGGCGUCGCACGAGGACGACGUCGCGUCCGCCCAGACCUACGUCAAGCGCGAGCAGGAGGGUGUCGUCACCAAGACCACGACGGUGACCGAGAUCGUCUACGACCACGGUGACAGCUACGGAGACAGCACCGAGGCGCUCGUCGAGAAGCGCGAGCCCUCCACCCUCCGCGGCCAGACCGAGGUCUCGACCGCUGUCGACAGCGCCGACAUCUCUGCCGCCGAUGGAACUCACCUCGGCCAGCAGGUCACCGUCAACCGCGUCGCCGACACGCAGGUGCUCGGCGACUCGGGCGAGCAGGUCGGCCGCCAGGCCGACGUCUCCCAGGUCACUGCUACCCAGCUCCAGAACCCGGACGGCAGCCCCGUCGCCGACCACAUUCAGGGCACCAACGUCGAGGCCUUCAAGCCUGCGGACACCCACGAGCAUGAGACCAUCUCGCACAGGGCCGCCGGCGCCGUCGCCGGUGCUGCUGCUGGCGUCGCUGCCCUCGGCGGUGCCGCCUUCGCUGCCGUUAAGAACGCCACCGGCGUCGACAUUGCCCCCGAGGCUGCUCCUGAGGCCAAGCGCCGCGGUAUUGACGUGGAGCACCUUCCCCAGGUCGAGGGACCGAGCGACGCUGUCUCGCCUGUCGGCACCCACCCGCCUGAGGGUGCCGUCAACCAGCUCCAGGAGAUGAUCGACGGGCUCAAGCACCCUCAGUCUGUGCCUCCCACCGACGGCGCCGCCAUCAUCGCCGGCUCGCAGACCACUGUCCCCGCCUCGGCUGCUACGGCCGCCCCCAUCGACGCUUCCCGCUCUCAGGCUGUUCCUGCCGGUUCCGUCGCGACCCCCACCUCGGAGACUACCUCGCAGGGUGCCGCUGUCGCUGCUCCCGUCGCUGGCACCGCUGCCGCCGUUGGUGCGACCACCGUCCCCACCGGCUCGCAGCAGCAGGUUCCCUACACUGGUGGCUCGCUUUCUCCCGAGACCUCGGUCAAGAAGGACACCACCUCUUCCGGUGCCGUCGGCACUGGCACCCAGGCCCAGUCCGCGCAGGGCGCUGACCCGACUCAGACCGUCCACGGUCUUGGCAACCAGUCCUCGUCUGCCCAGGGCCCUGCCACUACCGUUCACGGUGCUGGCGCCGGUUACACUGGCGACGAGACCAUCUCGCGCUCUGUGCCCGGCCAGACUGGCUCGACCGGCACCGCUGCCGCCGCCAGCACUUCCACCACUGGUGCCGCUUCUCAGCCCGCCCAGGCCGCUCACCACCCUGACCCCACGUUCUCGAAGACUACGUACGACCCGAACGCGCCGUCGCACACCCGCACCGAGAUCAUUGGUGCGGCUGCUGCCGGCGCCGCUGCUACUGGAGCUUCCGUCGCCGGCGCCUCCUCCUCAGGCUCGCACAACUACGCCGCGGCCACGCGCAGCAACGACGGCAAGAGCCAGGACCAGCGCAAGAAGUACGACCUUGAGGACGAGAUCACUGGCAAGACCUCGGGUAGGGACCUGACCUUCAACCCUGCUACCAGCUACGACCAGAACCAGCACAGCACCAUCCCGAACAUGGACGGUCAGAGCAAGUCUUCUGAGACCUCUGGCACCAAGGCUGGUGACGCGCCCAACGGCGGCAAGGGCUUCAACGGCGCUUCCCGCCAGCAGUCUUCGAACGUCUCGGACAGCCAGCCCCCCAUUGGUGUCAACAACAAGGACCGUUCGCCUCACGACGGCGAGGACCUCGAGCCCCGCCCUCCCACUGGCACCUACGGCAACCCCACCAACCAGCCCCAGGUCAAGGCCGAGGUGUUCCGUGCCCAGGACACGGACAUUCCCAGCCAGCGCCAGGCCGCCGCGGCCAACAACCGCACCGUCCCCGCGCCGACGAUCAAGCCCAUCAAGGGCCCCGUCACUACCUCCUCGACCGGUCACGGUGCCGGCGGCACGGCCCAGCUCUUCUCGAGCCAGGACCGCAACGUCAUGGCGCACCAGCGCGCGCUCGAGGAGGCCGAGGCCAAGGGCGAGACGUCCAAGAACCUCUCGGCCGACGACGCCAUGGCCGGUCUCUCGAAGCCUCUGAGCAACACUUCGGACCAGAAGCCCCACGCCCCCACCGAGGCCAAGGUCGGCCACUCUGGCGCCGGCUUCAACGAGAACCCCGGUGCCACUGAGGCGCAGAAGCACCCCGGUCUUACGCACCAGGCCCAGCAGCAGUCUGGCGCGCACACUGGUGUCGGUGCCGUCGGUUCGACCCACAGCGGCCAGUCCCAGCCCUCGCAGUACUCUGGCCAGCAGCAGUACCCCGGCUCGACCACUGCCGGUACCACUGCUCCCAUCUCGCAGCAGACGUCGCACCAGACCCAGGGCAGCACCGUCGACGCUGCGGGCAACAUCCGCUCGCCCACCGGUGAGGUCGUCGGCUCGACGACCAACAACGCCGGCGGCGAGGUCGGCACUGACGCCCCUCAGCGCGCCGCUGUUUCGAGCAACGUCGCGACCGGCGCCGCUGCCGGUGGUCUCGCCGGAGUCGUCGGCCUGGCCGCUAAGAACGUUGCCGACGGUGUCAACACCUCUGCUGCCGGUGUCCAGUCUGGUGUCAACUCUGGCGUCUCGGGCGUCCAGUCCGGUGUCGCUGGUGUCCAGUCUGGCUCCACCGCUGGUCUGACCGGUGCGCGUGACAGCGUCACCUCUGGCAUUGCCGGUGUCAACUCGUCGCUCCAGCAGGGCCGCGACAGCGUCGCUGCCAGCACGACGGGCGUUAAGAGCGGUGUCGUCGGUGCCACUCCUGACGGCCGCACCCAGCUCGGUGCCGGCAGCCCGCAGACGCCCGCUCCCCCCGCGCCGUCGACGAGCACUACCACUGCGUCUAACACGACCCAGGGUGGCUUAGCCCCGCCGCACCACCACCACCACCACGACAAGGAGAAGCGCUCCGGCAGCUUCUCGAAGCGUUUCAGCUCGCUCGGUUUCGGCAAGCGCUCCUCGGUCGCCCACGAGGGUAAGGACGAGUCGUACGCUGCCUCGCAGCGGCCAGCGUCUAACGUCCCUGCCGCCGCUACGCAGGUGCAGCACAACCCCUCGACGGGUGCCACUGCCGUGCAGAAGACUGCGGUCGACUCGCAGGGCAACGUCGCGCAGCACACGACCGUCGCUCAGCCCACCACUGCCAGUAACGCCGGCACCGUCGGCCGCACCGGUGCCACCGAGAGCGCCGCCGGCAGCGAGUUUGGCACCGUCGGCAAGCAGCACGGCAGCGCCAUCACGAGCAGCACGGCGACGCAGGUGCCUUCGCAGUCUGUUGGAGCUGCUGGCGGAAGCGACUUCCUUAACAAGGACCCGGCGGUGGCCCAGCAGCACCCGCAGGUCAAGAAGAAGAAGAGCGGCUUCUUCUCCAAGCUCAAGCACGCCUUCAGCCACAAGGGAUAA